AUGGGCUUCUUGGAGGAGGAGGGCAGCUGGAGCCUGUCCUUCGCAGGUGCUGGCUACCUGGGUCUCUACCAUGUGGGUGUGACCCAGUGCCUUCGCCAGCGCGCCCCGCGCCUCCUCCAGGGUGCACACCGCAUCUACGGCUCUUCGUCCGGGGCGCUCAACGCCAUCAGCAUCAUCUGUGGCAAGUCGGUUGACUUCUGCUGCUCCCAGCUGCUGGGCCUGGUCAAGCAGCUGGAGCAACUGAGCCUGGGCGUCUUCCACCCUGCCUACACGCCCCUCGAGCACAUCCGGGGGCAGCUGCACGACACUCUGCCCGACAACGCUCACAUCCUGGCCUCCCAGCGGCUGGGCAUCUCGCUGACCCGCUGGCCCGAUGGCUGCAACUUCAUAGCCACCGACUUUGCCACCCGAGAUGAGCUCAUCCAGGCCUUGGUCUGCGCCUUGUACCUUCCUUUCUACUGCGGGCUGAUUCCCCCGGAGUUCAGAGGGGAGCGCUACGUCAGCGGGGCUCUGAGCAACAACUUGCCCUUUGCGGACUGCGCCUCCACCAUCACCGUGUCCCCCUUCCACGGGGCAGUGGACAUCUGCCCCCAGAGCACCUCGGCCAGCCUGCACGAGCUGAAUGCCUUCAACACCAGCUGCCAAAUCUCUACCGAGAACUUCUUCCUGGGGUUCAUAUCCCUCAUGCCCCCCAACCCUGAGGUGGUGGCCGACAACUGCAGACAAGGCUACCUGGAUGCCCUGAGGUUCCUGGAGAGACGUGGACUCACCGAGGAACCAGUGCUGUGGACACUUGUGUCUGAGGAGCCCCCGGCCCCGGUGGAUGGGACCCAGGACGCCAGCCGAGACCGAGGCCAGACGGCCGGCCGGCAUCUCAACUGGGACACGCCCAGCGUGCAGGUCAAGGACGUGCCGGACUUCGAGCAGCUCUCGCCGGAGCUGGAGGCUGCGCUGAAGAAAGCUUGCAUGCGGGACCCCAGCCCCUGGGCCCGCUGCCGCCGCUCGGGACCUGGACGGGUGCUGACGUACCUGCUGCUGCCCUGCACGCUGCCCUUGCAGUAUAUCUACUUCCGGUGCAGACGGUUGGUGGCGUGGCUGCCCGACGUGCCGGCGGACCUGUGCUGGCUGCGGGGCCUGCUGAGGAGCUCGGCUCUCGAGUUCCACUCCGGCACGAAGGCCCAGCUCCUUGGGCUGGUCAGCCUGCCCGUCACCAGCGCCCCGGACACAGGCCCCCUCCAGCCUGGGGCAGCUGCUUGUAGGGACCCCAGCGUGGAGCUCAGGCCCACCCCUCAGGCCUGA